UGGAGGCCGUACCUACCAAACAUUUAUACAGGUACAACACUGGUAUAAUCACUAACCACGAGGCUUGGUGCACCGCCCACCCACAACGCCGGGCUCAAGAUUCCGGCCGCUACUCUAGCUAAUACUCCGAGCGUGCCUGUGUGUGUAUCCACUGACACGGCCAGAUCCUGAAACCUCGCGCCUUCUUCAACCUUUCUCCCCUCUAAGACGGCGGGACGCGCUAGACACAGCGCCGACCUCUCCCACGAUGCCUGCAACACCGCCGUCUUCACUCCAGGCGUAUAAUACCAGGCACCCAGCUACGCGCGGAACACGGCUAUCCAAUGUCACGCCGUCGACAGGGACGAGGACGCCGGGGCAGGAUCCUCGGACGCGACAUCAGGACUCGCCCAGCGUGAAUCCAGCCGCGAACGAAGAAGACGAGCAAGCGAAUGAAGAUAGCGAAGGCGUUGAAGACCAGGAUAAUGGGAGUGAGGAGGGAGACGAGGAAUCUGUAGAAGAGGAGGAGGAGGAAGAUGGCGUGGAAAGCGUGGAUAGCCGGGCGGAGGAUGAUGACGGAGAAAUGGCGGUUGAUGUUCCUCCUGUCGCUAUGCAUAAUGGCAUGCCGGUGGAAGUAGAUUCCGUGUUUGACCCAACGGGCCUGAAAGAGAUUGGCAACUUGGCCUCGUGGACGGUGUCGACGUGCAAACCAGGGUCGGGCGUGGAAGCCUUGCGAGACGACGACACAUCUCUAUACUGGCAAUCUGACGGUCCACAACCCCAUCAUCUCAACAUUCACUUUUCCCGCCUGGUGUCGAUAUUGUCUAUACGCAUCUUCCUCGACUUCGAAGCCGACGAGUCUUACACCCCAACGCGAAUUACAUUACUCGCUGGCACUGGAUACCAUGACCUGAUACCGUUCUCAUCACUGGAGUUUACACAACCUAAAGGCUGGAUCAACGUGCCUCUGGAUGGCGUUGGUGGUGGUCCUGAUGGGAACACGCUGAGAGCGUUCCUCGUCCAAGUCAAAGUUGUGGAAAAUCACCAGAAUGGCAAAGAUACACACGUUAGGGGAUUAAGGAUAUACGCUCGUGACGAAAAGACAGGUAGAAGCUUGGCUGGCUUGGAGGAAUGGGGAGCAAGGGAGAAGAAGGGAGCCGCGGCAAAACCCUUACUUGAUAGUACUGCCGCUCUAACAGAACCCGAUUGGAUGGAGGAAAUGGAACUACGGUGAUCCAUGCAUUAUAGAGGUCAAGAGGAUCCAGCGGACGUCUCGUGUACACUAGGAUUCAAGUUGAUGGCGUUGUGUGAUACCCAAGGCUUCGGUGGGAGGUAAACUUAAACUCGGCUUAUUAUAGACAGAUUCCUAUAGAAUUAAACCGACAGAAGGUACACUAC